GGGUCUGAUAAAAAGUAAGUCUCAAAUUUCGGUACUCCACCUUUGAUUGAACAAGCGCAAACUAAUUGUAAUUCUGACCAAAAAAUUUUCGUUCAAUUUUUCAAAAAAAAAAAAUUCCAAUUUUAAUGGAAGUCUGUAAAAUAAGUUAUUUAUUAUGUUUUCCAUAUUAAAAAUAACAUUAAAAUCCCGGAUUUUCACUGAAAUUUUCAGAAAUUUGAUGUAAAGUAUGGGUUUUUCAGUUGAAAACCAUAGUUUUACAAAUUCAAACUGUUACAUCUCAAAGAAAAAUGCAUAUAUUUUUGUAAAAAAAUACCAAAAACCUUUUGGCGACAGGUAACUGCAAAUCAUUCAAAAAAAUAUGGUAAAGAUGCCGUUCGGCAAACUUUUUAUCGAGAAAUUUGGCAUAUCGACCAGUUGCCGGUUUGGCAAAAUAUUUCAAUUCCGGCAAUGUGCCGGUUUGCCGAUUUGCCGGAAAUUUUCAUUUUCGGCAAAUUGCCCCCUCAACAAACUGAAGAUCCUAUUCCAGAUUAGAAUCAGAUACCUAUUGUCUGAUUCUUGACGAAAAAUGGGCGGUUCCGUAGUUUGGUGGCAAAUCGGUGAAGCUUCAUGCUAAAAGAAAAGACGGGUCUUUUGAAUCUUCUGACCAAAUCAGAAAUGCGUGUUGAUAUUCAAUGUCUACGUGGAUUGGCGAUACUUUUUGUGUUUCUGUACCAUUUAUUCCCAUUGACAUUUGGAAAUGGGUAUCUUGGAGUUGAUAUCUUCUUUGUGAUCUCCGGUUACCUGAUGGCCCGUAACCUGACACACAUGAAAAUCUCCAAAAUCAGUGACAUAUUCCGUUUCUACUACCGCCGAUUCCGCAGGAUCCUUCCUUUAUACUACCUUUCAGUUGCUGCAAUCACCAUUGCAGUUCACGUCUGCCUACGAGAGUUCUGGUGGGAUGUUAAUAGGAAAUAUUCGUUGGGAUCCUUGUUCUUGGUGACUAAUCAAGUAGUUAUUCAUGAUUCGCUGAACUAUUUCCAGCAGUACCUCGCCGACAGUACCUCCAUCAACUUGUUCAUACAUACCUGGUCUCUGGGUGUCGAGAUGCAAUUCUACCUGCUCGCCCCAUUCAUAUUUUUUGCAAUUCAAUUUCUACCAAACACAACUCUAAAACUUAUCACUGCACUUUUGAUUACAUCAAUCGGAAUGAUAGCUUAUCUUUCCAUCAAUGCUCAAUUUGCAUUCAACUUCAUGUUUCUGAGGCUCUGGCAAUUUGCUGCAGGAUUUACUGCUCUGUUUUGGCGGGAUUUUCAGAAUUUGAGCAGCAAGUCGAAGGAGCCAAAAGAGCCAAGAGAAACUCAACGGGUUUUUGAAUCUAAUGACGUGGCAAAUUGCUCGGUAGCUGUGCUAUUCCUGUGUCUUCUGCCAACACAUCUGGGGUCCAUGUGGCUUCGUCCUCUGGUUACACUCACGGCAGCCGGGCUCAUUUUUAUGGAGAAUAAGAGUUGUCAGAUCCUCCAAUCCCCCACUCUCACCUAUCUCGGAGACAUCUCAUAUGUUGUAUACCUAGUUCACUGGCCAGUCAUCUCUCUCCUCAAAGGCUCCACAAUACAGAGCCAAGUUUAUUGUGUUGCUCUCACCCUGCUGAUCUCUGUCAUUGUUCAUCACUGUUUCGAGAAACAAUAUCUCCAACUAGGAAUUAAAUCGGUUAUUGCCUUAAUUCUAGUCCUCAUUGCUUUAAAUGCUUCUAUACAAUACACCAUAAGAUACGAAAACUUCUGGAAGCAAAAGUAUCUUCCAAGGCUUGAGAAGAUCGUCAAUCAGAACCUCGCAAUGCUUCCAUUCAUCACAGCCUAUGAGCCGAGAAAGGAUAACUGUGUAGAGUGGGACUUCCCCGGGCUCAGCAACGGAGGUUUCUCAGGCUACGACUAUUGCAGAUUUCCAAAAGGUAGAGGAAAUCUCUCAGUGAUGGUGAUCGGGAAUAGUUAUGUGUUGAACUUGAAUGAGCACGUUCGGGCUCAGUUUAACUAUAACUACUCGGAUUGGAGGUCACUGUUUAUCAUAGGUUGCGGUGGAUUCUUCCACGGAGAUCCUUCAACUGAAAUUGGACGGUAUGAACAAAAAUCUCUACUCGUCGCAAAGCAGCAAGUAGAACUGCACAAGCCAGAUGUGCUUUUUAUCAUUGCUAGGUACUCGGAUACAGUGAAGGAACCCAUUUGGAGCGGGGAAACUGACGAAUUAUUAAGAAGGAUGAACGAGAAUCUAGCGUUUUAUGAGAGAUUCGUGAAAAAGAUCUACAUUCUGGCGCCUCACCCUCAGUACCCGCUAAACUUUAUGAACUCAUUCCUAGAUCACGUGACUCGCAAGCCAAAUGAGCUCGAGACUUUGCACCUGAAUAAGGUGGAUGUUGAUGAAGAAUGGAUGUAUGCUAGGGAACGGUUCCAAUCGCUUAAGUGUGACAAGUGUCAGGUAUUCGAUCUCGGUCAGGAGUUCUUGGACGGUGAUAGGUAUCUGACUUUCGACAGGAAAACCAAAUUGUCAUAUGUUGACAAUCAAAUCCAUUUAACCGGCCCUGCAGUUGCAAAGUGUGAUCAUGUGUUUAAGAAGAUUGCUGACGAAGUUAUGGGAUCUACUUAAUUAUUAUGUAGACUAAAUAAUUUAUUUGUUAUGUAUGUAUGUACAUCAGGAUUUAAAAUUUAUAUAACUGAAAAUACUGAAAAAUCAACAUAAACAAUUACAUUUUAAAUU